CACACUACAGGGCACUGAUUUCUUUUUUUUCGUUGCUACUACCCGUACCAACCCCCAUUAACUGUCGUACUAAAGCACGUGAAUCAUUUAUGAGAUUUCGCUAUCAUUAAUCCCCUGGAUCAAUUUUGCGUUCGGUGCCGGGAAAUGGGUGUAGUGUUCCGUACCAUCGGAGCUUCGCGUUAUCGGUUGUAUCCUCUCUGCUGUGCUAAAGGUACAAAACCACUCAAAACACCUGCCGAAAGGGACGGGUCGCUCAUCGAUAAAUGUCCGGCAACCGGUGAGAAACGUUUCAGUCCGUCCAUAACACAGUGUUCGAAAGGUUCAUCAGUAAACUUGCAGGCCUGGUCACAGGCAACUGUCGUUCCAGAGUGCGUACAACAUUGUUUUGUUCGAGUGUGUUAUGUGCCGGACUAAAAGUGUAGGACAGGGAGCGUUCUAAUUGGGCCUGAAAGGAAAGUAAAAUUGUACAGAUAACCAUAAAAAUGAGCACCUCAAAUUGGGGCAAGUUCGUCUUGCUCCUGUGGAAGAACUGGAUCAUUACCAAGCGCCACUACCUUCAAACAUUCUUCGAAAUAGCCAUUCCCAUACUGGCCUGUAUUUUGCUGAUAGUGAUCCGUGGAUUAGUCGAUUCGGAUGAGUUUGACGAGCCGACCGUAUUUAAUCCACUCGAACUGGAUACUAUUUCACAUCUCAGGAAUAAUCCGGAGAUAGAGCCCCCUAUCAUAUAUUCCAUCGCGUACUCACCCCAGAGCCCUUUGCUGCAGAACAUUGUGCAAAGAUCAAUCUCCUAUCUGGAUGAAGCGUUGGAAGUAUUGCCCUUUGCUAAUGCACAGUCCAUGCAGGCCCAUCUGCAGGUGAACAAUGUCUUAGUUGGGGUCGAAUUUCCGGACGCUUAUGCAACCUUAUCGCAGCUGCCGGAACAAACAAUUCUAUCACUGCGUUACCCGAGCGAAAUGCGAACGUUCCGCGAGACGGGAUCAGAAUUCUGGAACAACUGGCAAACGGAGCGUAUGUUUCCUACCUUCCAAGUACCGGGUGCACGUCAAUACGAGCGCGACGACGGUGGAUACCCCGCGAAUUACUACAAUGAAACGUUUCUUCAAGUUCAGAGUGCCAUUUCUCGAUCCAUCCUACUGGAACGUGAUCCCAACUAUCAGUUCCCAGAUGUGUACCUAAGUCGCUAUCCAUAUCCUCCCUUCUAUAGUGAUGUGCUGCUGACAGGGUUGGAAAAUUUGCUUCCUCUGAUCAUUGUGAUCGCGUUCUUUUACACCUGCAUCAAUACGGUGAAGUACAUAACGGUCGAGAAGGAAAAACAGCUGAAGGAAACGAUGAAAAUUAUGGGACUUUCUAGCUGGCUGCACUGGUCUGCGUGGUUCGUCAAGUGUAUCAUUCUGCUCAUCAUUUCGAUCUCCAUCCUUACGAUACUGCUGUGCGUUAGUAUCACGACCAACACCGAUCUGGCAAUAUUUACCUUCGCCGACUGGUUCGCCAUCUGGUUCUACCUGUUCAUGUACAGCCUUGCCACCAUCACGUUUUGCUUCAUGAUGAGCACCUUCUUUUCGAAGGCAAACACGGCGUCCGGAAUUGCCGGGUUAAUGUGGUUCGUAUUUGUGAUGCCGUAUAACAUUGCCUUCUCGAACUACGACACGAUGUCUCUGUCGGCUAAGUUAGCACUCUGUCUGUUCCACAAUUCGGCCAUGUCGUUUGGAUUUAUGCUGAUCAUGCGUCACGAAGGUACCACAAACGGGUUGCAAUGGUCUAACAUGUUCGAUCCGGUAACGGUGGACGAUGAUCUGAGUGUCGGUGCAACUAUGAUGAUGCUGCUGGCCGAUACGGUGAUCUAUCUCGUGAUUGCCCUCUACGUCGAGAAGGUAUUUCCCGGCGAGUAUGGUGUGGCAGAACCGUGGUAUUUUCCGGUGACGAAAAAGUUUUGGACAAAUAAAGUCACCCCAGUGGACAGUGGUACGGAUGGUACGGAACAGAACGAUCCAACUUCCAACACUUUAGAGCCUGAACCGGUCGGAAAGCAUGCGGGCAUUCGUAUUAAGGGUUUGCGAAAGGUGUUCAACAAGACCAAGGUCGCCGUUAAAGGGCUACAUUUGAGCAUGUUCGAGGAUCAAAUAACGGUGCUGUUGGGACACAAUGGAGCCGGUAAAACGACCACCAUGUCCAUGCUGACCGGUGUCUUCUCACCCACGUCCGGGACGGCGCUUAUCAACGAUUGUGACAUCCGGACAAACAUAGAGGGAGCACGACAGUCGUUAGGACUUUGCCCGCAGCAUAACGUACUGUUCAACGAGAUGACCGUUUCGGAGCACAUUAAAUUCUUCGCCCGACUGAAGGGCGUAGAGAGCAAAAAUAUACCACAGGAAAUUGAUCAUUACGUGUCGGUGCUGCAGCUAGAAGAUAAACGACACUCCCAGAGCCACACACUAUCCGGUGGCAUGAAGCGAAAGUUGGCCGUCGGUGUGGCACUGUGCGGUGGCUCGAAGGUGGUAUUCUGCGACGAGCCAACCUCCGGCAUGGAUCCGACCGCACGUCGCGCACUGUGGGAUCUGUUGAUACAGGAAAAACGUGGCCGAACCAUACUGCUGUCAACUCACUUCAUGGAUGAAGCGGACAUAUUGGGUGAUCGCAUUGCGAUCAUGGCCGAUGGCGAACUGAAAGCAGCCGGAUCUUCGUUCUUUUUGAAGAAACGCUUCGGUGUCGGGUACCGGUUAAUUUGUGUUAAGGAUGACAGCUGUGAUACGACGCGUGUAACUGACCUGAUGGGAAAACACAUCCCCAACAUACAGGUGGACACGGACAUCGGUACGGAGUUGUCGUACGUGCUGGAUGAUAAUUACACCGCCUUGUUUCAACCACUGCUGCAGGAUCUCGAGAAUCAUUCCACGGCGCUCGGCAUUAGCAGUUACGGUAUAUCGUUAACAACGCUGGAAGAAGUGUUUCUGCGUGUCGGCAGUGACUCCCAUUCGCUGGAUAAAAAGCCAACCAACGAAUUGGAUGUUCCUGCUCGUCCCUAUGCGUUGGAACCUUCGAAUGGGUCCACCGUCACACUAACGCUCGAACAGGAUCAAAAGCUUCUCACUGGAUUCCCGCUACUAUCGAACCAACUGUUGGCAAUGUUGCUCAAGAAAGCGAUCGCAACCAAGCGCAGCUGGAUCGCACUGCUGGUGCAGAUCUUUAUACCGAUCUUCUUCGUCAUCAUGACCGUCGUGAUAGUGCGCUCGUUUCCCGACUCUCUCGCAAUGCCUCCACUGACGAUCGAUUUUGAAAGUUACACUACUACCGUAACAGUGCUGGAAGGCACUUCUGCCGAUACGAGCGUGAUACAGGCGUAUCAGCAGCUUUUUGAAGGAGCCGGAUCCAGUCGAUCACUGGUGACGAUUACAGAAUCGAUGGUAGACUACAUUCUGCAACGAUACGACCAGAAUUUGCCCCAGGUGAACAACGAAUUCAUGGUGGGAGCGUCCAUUACACCGACCAACCACACUGUUUGGUUUAAUGCGCAAGGAUACCACACCGCUCCGCUGGCAGUGAACACGUUCUACAAUGCAAUGUUGCGCACGGUCUGUUCCCAGUGCUCGAUAUUGAUCACAAACCAUCCACUUCCAUUCCGCCCGGAGACUAGGUUCACACAACUGCAGGCAGGUAACAAUAUGGGAUUCCAGCUUGCUUUUAAUACGGGCUUUGCAAUGGCAUUCGUGGCUGCCCUCUACAUCAUGUUCUACAUCAAGGAGCGUGUAACCCGCUCGAAGCUGCUGCAGUUUGUAAGCGGUGCCAACGUGCUCGGAUUCUGGCUGAUAUCAUUCCUUUGGGAUUUUAUGACAUUCUUUGUGACGGUUAUGUUUUACGUUGCCAUACUAGCCGCAUUCCAGGAGGACGGUUGGUCAACUGGCGAAGAGAUUGGUCGAGUAAUUCUUGUAAUGGUCGUGUUUGGAUUUGCCUUCCUGCCUCUCACAUAUCUGUUCUCGUUCGCAUUCGAUAUACCGGCGAGCGGGUUUGUGAAGGUGAUGAUCCUGAACAUCUUUACCGGUACGAUCUUCUUCAUGACCGUGUUUUUGCUGCUGUUCGAUGGGUUUGAUCUACGGAAUGUUGCCGAGGGCAUGGAAUGGGCCUUCCUAAUAUUUCCGCUAUUUGCGCUAAGCCAUUCACUUAGCAACAUGAACAUUGCUGUCGCCACACAAGAGGUGUGUGAUACGCAGUGUGGACUAAUACCGAACUGUACCCCGCAGCUACUGUGCCAACUGUUUCCUCAGUGCUGCAAUACUGAAAUAUUUACCUUCGAGCGUACCGGAAUCAGCCGCAAUCUGAUGUACCUGUUCGUGGUAGGACUGGUAUCGUUCCUGUUGCUCAUGUGCAUCGAAUACCGCGUCAUUGAUCGUGUAUUUAAACGCAAAACCAAACAGUCGGCACCACCGACCGAAGCGGACGAUACCGACUCGGACGUUCGCAUGGAGAAACUGCGUGUUCGCGGGAUGACGGAGGGUGAAAUCACUGCCAACAAUCUUGUACUGCGCGAUGUGACCAAAUACUACAAGAAGUUCCUCGCCGUCAACCAGCUUUCGCUGGCAGUGGAACAUUCACAGUGCUUCGGUUUACUGGGCGUGAAUGGUGCCGGUAAGACGACCACCUUUAAGAUGAUGACCGGCGACGAAAGCAUUUCGUUCGGCGAGGCAUGGGUUAAUGGGGUGAGCUUGAAGAGCAACAUGAACGAGGUGCAUCGUCGGAUAGGUUACUGUCCCCAGUUCGAUGCACUGAUCGAUGAUUUAACUGGUCGUGAGACGUUAAGAAUUUUUGCACUGCUGCGUGGAAUACCGAAAUCGGAAAUUCCGGCACUUUCGAACCGAUUGGCCGAAGAGCUAAACUUUGCCAAGCACAUCGAUAAGCAAACGAAGGCGUACAGUGGUGGUAACAAGCGUAAGCUCAGUACAGCUCUUGCCCUGAUGGGUAAUCCAGCCGUCGUCUAUCUGGACGAACCGACUACCGGCAUGGAUCCGGGGGCACGUCGACAGCUGUGGGAUGUAGUUUGUAAAGAGCGUGCAGCCGGGAAAGCAAUCGUCCUAACCUCACACAGUAUGGAAGAAUGUGAGGCACUGUGCACCCGGCUUGCCAUUAUGGUGAACGGCGAGUUUAAGUGUCUCGGUUCUACACAACACUUGAAGAAUAAGUUCUCCAACGGGUACUUCCUCACGAUUAAGUUGAAGCGCAACGAGGAAGCUAACAGUGGACGGAUCGAUGAAGUUAAGCAGUACAUCGAACAACAGUUCCCCGAGGCAGAAUUGAAGGAGGAGUAUCUCGAAUCGGUGACGUAUCAAAUUCCGUCAGCCAACACACGAUGGUCCACCAUGUUCGGCAUCAUGGAGGACGCCAAGAAGGUGCUAGAUAUCGAGGACUAUGCACUGGGUCAAACUUCGCUCGAACAGGUGUUCCUAUUCUUCACGAAAUUUCAGCGCGUAGAAGAUUAGGUGAUUGCACACCUUACUUCAUCAUCACAUCAUACCUCAGGGACUGAUGGGCUUAGGGUAGCAAGAAUGAACGAUCUUUACGAAAUCUACGGGUAGUUAUUUAUAAUUGUGUCUUAAACAGUGAUAAUAUUUAUUUAAAUGGAGAAUAUAUGUUGUAUGCAAUGCCUUGCUAGAAGUACAUCAAACAGAACAACGUGAAAUACUACAAAUUGCUCGAGCAUCAGAACCCAAUGUCGAAACACUCGCUAACGUAUAGAGAUCAGUAAUAGGCCUACUGAGAACGCCUCUAGAAGAUCUCUUGCCUCUUGGUAAGAAUCGGCGGUGCAAAAGCAUAAUAACUUCUUCCGUGAUAGUUGUGCCGUUGACUGCCUUCCCAGCAGUCGAUGUCUCGUGAUAGAAAUCUCGCAUCUGGUUAUCGAGCCGGUAAGUUCUUCAUCAGCUUAGGGCUAAUCAUCGAUGAACCGCCUUGCUCAAAUGGUGCGCUACUACAGUCGUAUUCGCAUGAAACGAAGUCUACGAAUCGAUGUGUACUCGCUAAGGGAUGUGUCCGGCUGACGUGCUGAUGCUUAGAAGUACGAGUAACUUCGUAGCUCAUGUUGCAAGUCUUUAUAGGUAU